AUGGAUUCAGGCAAGAAAACAGUAGAAACAGCAAGUCCUCUGAUGAUUUUCAGAAGAGCUGUUCAGAAAUCUCCAGAGAGAAAUGCUGGAAGAGAUGUUCUUCCAAAGGAUCCAGUCAUGGUUGAUAUGAAAGAGUUCUUGGGCAUAGUGAGUUGCCCCAUAUUUUGCAAGGACUGCAUAAUUCCGAAACUUGAAGAGUUUAAAACCAAACGCUGUCCAGUAUGCGAAAAAGUCCUAGGUCCCUCUCCUGAAAAAUAUCUAAGACCUGAUAAGCAACUGCAAGGUAUUAUAGAUGAAGUUAUCAAGGCUGCGAAAAGAGCUGCAGGAACCAAAACAUCACAAGCUGAGAACACGAAGCUGGAAAUUGCUGAGUCCAGCGCACAGGCUACAAAACCAUUGCUGGAGAAUGUAGGUUUUCCAGAGGAAAUCGGAGAAAAUUUUGCUAAAGAUACUGAAGAUGCAGGGAAAAAAGGUAAAAAACCUAAGGGAAAGAAGAAGAAUAAACGACGAAUGAAAGAAAAAGCUCGUCAAGUAUCAUCUAGCCAAGAAAAAGGCAAAGGGAAGGUGGAACCUACUAAUGUUGAAGAAGAAAAUUCAGAGGACAAAUCAUCUGGAAUUGAGGGAAAUGCUGGUGUUAGAGAACUACUUUUCGAUGUGGCACAAAAGACAACUCGAUCCUUUUGGGUUUCUUUUAUUCCCCAAGAAGACGAGGAUGGCCAUAAGUACCCUUCGCUGGACAAAGCCUACAUCCGUCUCAAGGACCAAGACAUGACAGUGUCUACCAUCCGCAAAUACCUCAAGCAGAAGCUGAAUCUAAUGGACGAAUCAGAGGUGGAUGUCCAUUGCUGUGGUCUAAAAUUGAAUGCAAAUCUGACCCUAAUGGACAUAGAGCACCUCUGGCUAAAAUACAGGGUGCCGGACCAUGCCAAAGCCAAAGCGAAGUGGGAUGUGAAGGAAAUUGUGAUGGAGCUGGGUUAUAGCAGAAACAAGGAAUUCAAAGUCCCAAAGGAGAACUAG